AUGAGCACCGUUUACGCCCAGAGAAGCAGACCCAGCAGACCCGUCUCCAACGCGAUCAUCAAGAACAAGAUGAAGAGGUCAACGGAUACACUCAGGAAGAAAAAGGGGCCAACGAACAAGUCCUUCAAAUGGAGCAAGAACAAUACCGCGUAUUGCGAUGGAAGCAGGAUUGCUAACAAUAAAGGGAAGCAGCAGGAAGGGGACAAGAAGAAGGAGGAGCAGGGGGGGAAGGCACUAAAGUGUAAGAAGUCAAAAAUGGGAGAAAGGGGAUUAACUAAGAGUAUGAAAAAAGGCAAAGAUAGCAGCACGCAUGAUAAUGUGCAUGAUCAUCCGCAGGACAAUCCGCAUGAGAAUGUUCAUCCCCACCAUGCACUAAAAACAGGAAACAGUGAAAAUUUCAAAUUCUCUAGGAAGGGGUUCAUUUUAAGCUUUACAGGAAAUCUGCAGGAUUUUUAUAACCUCUCCGAAGAACCACUAGGGAAGGGGACCUACGGAUCCGUGUACAAAGCAACGGACAAACUGCUCAAAAUUCAGAGAGCUGUCAAGGUGGUGUCGAAGAAGAAGCUAAAGAAUGUACCCCGAUUUAGACAAGAAAUUGACAUCAUGAAAAAUUUAGACCAUCCUAACGUGAUAAAGUUGCUAGAAACCUUUGAAGAUAGUAAGCAGAUUUAUUUGGUGAUGGAGCUAUGCACAGGUGGAGAGUUAUUCGAUCGAAUUGUAAAGAAAGCACCCUUCUCUGAAAUGUACACGUCCUUUAUCAUGAAGCAGGUUUUCUCCGUUCUUAACUACCUGCACAUUAGGAAUAUAUGUCACCGAGAUGUGAAGCCAGAGAAUUUUUUAUUUUUCGAUAAGUGUCCAGAAUCGCUAAUCAAGGUGAUUGACUUUGGCUUGGCUUCCUACUUCAGUGACACGAACUCGGAGAUGAAGACGAAGGCUGGGACCCCCUACUAUGUCGCCCCGCAGGUGCUAAGUGGCCGCUACGACUACAAGUGCGACUUGUGGUCCGCCGGCGUGCUGUUCUACAUCCUCCUGUGCGGCUACCCCCCCUUCUACGGCGAGAGCGACCACGAGAUACUCAGCAAGGUCAAAAGCGGAAAAUUCAACUUCAAGGGCAAGGAGUGGACCAACGUGACGGAGGAAGCCACUGACCUCAUCAAGCGCUGCCUAACCAUGGACCCGGAAAAACGGACAACGGCCAGCGAAGCGCUCAGGCAUCCAUGGUUUAAGAAGAAGCCCAGCCUCUUCAACCUGGAAUUUAAGAUGGAUAUCCACGUGCUGGAAAAUUUCAAGAAUUACGCCCUCAUGCUACGCUUCCAAAAGCUAUCCAUGACGAUUAUUGCUCAACAGAGCAACGACCACGAUGUGCAGCAGCUGAAGGCGACAUUUCUACACCUGGAUGAAGAAGGAAAGGGGACGAUAACGAAGGCGCAGCUGCGAAAGGGCUUGGAGAAGAGCGGCUUGAUGUUGCCCCCGAAUUUUGACCUUCUCCUGGACCAGAUAGACAGCGACGGAAGUGGCAACAUCGACUACACUGAGUUUUUGGCGGCCGCGAUUGACAGGCGGAAGCUCUCCAAGAAACUCAUUUACUGCGCCUUCCGCGUCUUCGAUGUGGACAACGACGGGGAGAUUACCACCGCGGAGCUGGCUCACAUCCUUUUCAACGGAAACAAAAGAGGAAACAUCACAGAGAGAGACGUCAACCAAGUUAAGAAAAUGAUCCGUGAGGUGGACAGAAAUGGUGACGGGAAGAUCGACUUUUACGAGUUUUCCGAAAUGAUGAAGUCGACGUUCUAG